AUCUCGCAAACCAAAUCCAAACCUGAAACAUAUAUAGAAGUUUAAGGAAAAUAUACUUGUGUUGACGUUGUUCUUUGUUUUUGAAUCUUAACGUGAGUGAAUUAAAAUAUCCUGCAGCAUGGAAUCGAAACCAGCACCUCAGACCCUUACCUCUCUGACUUUUCUUUGUUAAGAAUAAAGUAAAGCUUGUGGAGAAGAGUUUAUUGCAGUCGAUCAAAGUAAAACGUUGACAUUUCGGUAUUUAUAGACUGCAAACGGAUGCGCUAUUUUCCACAUUUUUCCCGUCAUUUUACCUCUCAAGUUCAGAUCUCACUCGGAGCAACUUUGUUUUUUUAAUUUUUAUUUUUCAGAGCAGGUAAAAUAAAUGCCGGUCAUGUACUAUAGUCGAUCUUAUGGACUGUUUCUCAAGGUGGGAUGUGAGUUGUUCAAGAAUGGGCUGUAAGCAAAGUGACAAGUGAAUAAAGCUUAUAACUUUGUACGUUAGGUGUAUGUUUCUUUUGAAAAUCGAAGUUGCGUGCUGGACAGAAAUGAUUCUCAAACACUAGUCUAAUCGAUUCCAUUCUCUGAAAUUUGAUGUCUUAUAUAUUGGGACCGUCCGACAAGGUUUUUGCCGUAUUGCAUCCUGCCCAUUCCAAGUUGAAGUGGAAAUCGAAAGAAUCUACCAACAUAGCUAAUCAUAUAAUGAUGUCUGAAGACAGUGGAAUAAUUUCUAUGAGUGGUAAAUCACUUACCUGUUGUAACUGCAAUUGCCACCUAACGAAUUUGGUUGAGCUUAAGUCUCCAAAUAAUGAAUCUGAAAUUAAUCAAAAUCCCCAGGUGCCGGCAUCUGAUUCUAGCAUGGAAAGUAUCAUGAAAGAGAAUGCUGAUUUAAAAGUGGCUCUGGAAGAUGCUUGGGAAAAACAUGCAAGAUUACUUUACAAGCAGAAAAUGAUGCGCAAAGAAUUUGAUCUGUUGGAGGCAGAACUUUAUAAUUAUCGCAAUAAAAAUGUUGCACACCAUCAAAGCAAAUGUGAUAUAUCCACACAAACAGCCUUAGACACAAACUUCAGUUCUGAUGCAGAUUCCAUAGAGGAAAAUGAUGGCAAAGAUCGUCCUUUGCCUGAUUGGAUUACUAUGAAGCCAGAAUCUCAGUCUGUUGCUGAAAGUGUGAAAGAUGUAGCAGAGAUGAUGGUGAUAGAACUUGAUAUGGAGAAAGAGAAGACUUUAGAUGGUGAUUCCAAUCUUGCCACAGGAUCGAGUAUGGAGAAUCCCCCAGUCGAUUGUUUUAGUUCUGACUCACCGUUUGUCUAUGAUUCUUCUUCUGGAAUGUACUAUGACCACACCAGUGGUUAUUAUUAUGAUGCUAAUUCCACAUUAUAUUACGAUCCACGUACGGGGACAUACUUCUAUUACAACUACACAACCAACGAGUAUAAGUUCCAUUCUAAAGUUGAUUCCACAACCUCUGAGAACAUCGAUGAAUGUGAGUCUCAUUUGAGUGACUCUUCUUUGAAGAGUAAGACAGAAGAUUCCAGUGAGUUAGAGGAAGGAGAGAUCAAAGAACACAAGAAAAAGAAAUCAAAGAAAAAAUUUAAAAAGAAGCAGAAACACAGCCACAAGCACAGUUCUGACCUUCCAGUUGAUCAACAAUGGGAAAGUCGCAGCACAAACCUGCUUUCAGCAGAGGACAAUACAAACACAGGUACAGAAUUCAAUCCCGAAGGCUGUCAUUUGACAGCUGCUACUGUUUCCUAUGGCAUAAGCCCUCCACAAAGUUUAUCUGAGAAAGAUGAAGCUGACUAUCUCGCAUGCCAAGAACUUUAUGCUCAGUCGUCAAAACCAAUAGAACCCGAACAGUUUUACUUCAAGAAAUCAGAUCCCUGUGAUUUGUGGCCAGCUUGUGUUCGAUUAAUUGUGACAAAAUCUAGUUAUUUAAAAAUUGGUAAACUCUUCCUUGUCACAUACACGGGGGCUUCCAUUGGUCAACGAGACAAAGAUUUAAUACAAAUUAUGGACUCUGGCAAACCAGGAUUGUUUGCUAAAAUUUCAUUUAAUGAAAAGAACCAAAAUUAUGCUGUGAUAAGUUAUUCUAAGCAGAUUGGACCAUUUGUGAAUAGUAAUGAAGUUCUUCAGGGAGAGAGUCCUGUCCCACUACAACACGAAGACACCUUGACCGUGGGAGGUACGACCAUGGCAGUCCACAUCCACCCUGGUUCUGAGACUUGCAAUGAUUGUGAACCAGGCCUGGUUCAAGCUAAAUAUGACUCACAAUCAAAAACCUGUCAGCCUGAAAUCCUUCCUUCUGAAAAAUCCAAGCGAGACAAACACCGUCAGCAACUGAAAGAGAUUAAAAAGAAAUAUGGCUUAAAGGAUUCGGCGUAUGUCAGCAAUGUUGAGGCCCUGAAAAACCCCAAUUAUUCUGAUAAAGCUUCGAUCAGACGUAAAACAGUUGGCAGCAGCAACCCCUACAUCGAGAACACAGCAAAAGCAGCAUCAGUUAAUGAAGAGAUUCCAUCAGAAAAUAAAGGAAGGAAGAUGCUGGAAAAAUUAGGCUGGAAUCCAGGAGAAUGUUUAGGCAAAUCAAGCCAAAAUAUAACAGAACCCAUCACUGCCCAGCUAAGGACUGACCAACACGCUGGUUUAGGGAUGGACUGCCAGGCAUCAAUCAGCACUUCACAGAAAUACAAAAACUGGAUGAAUGCAAGAAUCCGUUUUGAAAGGAUCGAGAAAGGGAAAAAGGGGGACAAACUGGACACAAAACUCUCCAAGUCCCAUAAAAUGUGGGUCCAGGGAAAAACAUUAGAACCAUCUUGAAUAAAGUUUUUAAAAAAAUUUAAAUUUCAUAGCAAAAAACAAAACAAAAAAGAAAUAAAAGACUUUUUUUAUAUC